AGACAAUACGAUUUGUGGCUUGCGGUAAAAGAAAGUCCAGAAGAUCAAUUAUUUGUGGCUCUGAAUCGUAGCCGUCGCCAACUUGCACAAUACUACAGCAUCGAGUUAGGAUCAGUUAAUUUUAACCCACCGCUCCACCAAGAUGCCGACCAUCGUUCCCACCUGUCCCGAGGGGAUGGCGUUUGAACCAGACCCUGUGUCCGACUGUAUGUCGUGUGGUCUGUGUGUGCAGUUUCCUAACACAGGGAUAUGUUCUACACAGAAAUGCAUAGAUUUUCUGCGAAAACCAGUGACGGAAGCGCUACAAUCAUCUACUCAGAAAUGGAUCACAGACAUAACACCAACCGAGCAAACUGUGUGGGUUCCCGUGUGGAUUGUGGCGGUAUGCCUGGGUAUACUGCUUGUCGUGGUGGUGGGAGCUGUGGUCUGGGCGGUUUGUCUCCGGAAGAAGAAACAACAGGCCGAGGUUAUCUUGGGCAACCACGAAAGUAAGACUUUAAACAUAUUUGACAACAUCGCAAGUAUAGUAAUAUGA